CCGUAUAAGUAAACAAAUCAGAUCGUAUCCUUUUCUCGCUCAAAAAGUUUCCACUUUCUUCGUUAACUUCAUCUUCUUCUCACUCCUACAAAAUCUAACUUAACCUUACGCCUCGCUUUCAUUGCAACCACAUCCUCAUCUCUUUUUGUUUUCAAGGAUCUGCUCUCGCUCUUCAUUGCCGAAACUAAUGUUCCAGUUUCUUUGCGGGUCAACAUUGUCGGUUCUGUUCCUGUGCUUUGCAUAAAUUAUGGAGUUUCAGUGUCAAUAUCAGGAGGAAUAUAUAAGGAAUUCAAGAGGAGUGAAGCUAUUUACUUGUAGAUGGUUGCCUACAUCUCCUCCAAAAGCUCUUGUUUUUCUCUGCCACGGGUACGGCAUGGAAUGCAGCGGUUACAUGAAAGAAUGUGGAAUCAGGCUAGCAAGUGCAAGCUAUGCAGUUUUUGGAAUUGACUAUGAAGGCCAUGGAAAGUCCCCUGGUUCUCGUUGCUAUAUAAAGAAGUUUGAAAACAUUGUGAAAGAUUGCAAUGAGUUUUUCAAGUCAGUUUGUGUGGAGAAAGAUUACAGAGACAAGGGCAGGUUCCUGUAUGGAGAGUCCAUGGGAGGAGCAGUGGCUCUGUUACUCCACAGGAAGGAACCAUCUUUUUAUAAUGGUGCUGUUCUUGUUGCCCCCAUGUGUAAGAUAUCAGAGAAGUUGAAACCGCAUCCAGUGGUUGUUAACAUAUUGACUAGCCUUGAAGAGAUUAUACCAAAAUGGAAGAUUGUCCCAACUAAAGAUGUCAUUGAUUCUGCAUUUAGAGACCCUGUUAAGCGAGAAGAGAUAAGGAAUAAUAAGCUGAUAUACCAAGAUAAGCCUAGACUGAAAACAGCCCUGGAGAUGCUCAGAACUAGCCUGAGCCUCGAAAAGAGUUUAAACCAGGUGACACUGCCAUUCUUGGUGCUACAUGGUGAUGCGGAUAUAGUCACAGACCCAGAAAUAAGCAAAGCCUUAUAUGAACAAGCUGGCAGUGUAGACAAAACCAUGAAACUGUACCCUGGAAUGUGGCAUGGAUUGACUGCAGGAGAGAUAGAUGGAAAUGUCGAUAUAGUUUUUGAGGAUAUCAUAGGUUGGCUUGACAAGCAUACCGAUUAUCUCGUCCCUGUUCCGAUUCUUGAACCUUUCAGCAAUGGUAUAGAGAAACUUGAAUGGCCAGAAACUGAAAACCUGUCUCAAAGAAAACAAUCGAAUCGCAGUUAUCUCUGUGGGUUUAAGGAACCUUGCACCCUCCACUCAGCUAUGUAGCAGUCAAUUAGUUACAUAUCACAGCCAGCAGUUUUAUUCUCCUUCGUUCAAAUGUUAAAAAUGAUUUCUGUUUAUAAAGGAAAUGAAAUAAAGAUAAGUUUCUGCAUUUA